AUGAUUAAGACAACGUGUUCCUUUGAAAACUGUAAAUGUUCGAUAAUAACCAUAAAAGAUGAAAAUUCAGAUAUGAUUACGGAAUUUGCUACUGAUAUGUUCAAUGCAUUGCAACUGAUGCAACAACGGGAGGAAGAUUUGACAAAUUCUGAAUUUUUCAUUACGAAAGAUGUGUGGGAUUUCGAUAAUAUUGGUGUAUCCAAGGAUAUUCCAUCAGAAAUUUUGGAACAAGACAAUUUAAACAAGUUUGUUUUUAAAUAUGCAGAUGACCAGUACAAGAUUGACAGGUGUCUCAAAUAUCUGAUUUGCGCUGAUUGUGAUAGGGGACCAAUUGGUGUAGUAUGCGAAGUUAGUACUGUGGAUGGUGGUAAUCACAAACAGACACUGCACCUAAUCAGUUUGAGGAGUGUAAAAUGUAUAAAGACCUAA